AUUGUACUUUGUAUUGUUAAACUAUUUCGAAAUUUAUUCUGAAAGAAAAUCGAUGAGAAUAUAAUAGCCUAUAUACGACGGAGAUGUUUCUGAAUAAUUCAAAUACGAAUUCCUCUUUCUCCACUUCGGACGAGGAUGAAGGAUACGAACACGCUACGUGCUCCAUAGACAUCACGACAUUUCAAAAUUCUUCUUCCGAAGAAAUUCAAUCUUCUGUCAAUUUUAACUUCGAAAAUUUAGAUUAUUUAGUGGAUCCGAACGAUGUUAAUAAGUUAAUGAAUGACUUGAAGCAACUUCAACCCGCUUUUGGUUCAUCCGUCAUUAGCGAAUUGGAAGAGGAUGGGGAUGCGGAUGUUGAUGGCAAUGAGCGUGACCAGAAUGUAUCCCGAAAGUCUCUAGAAUUUAAAGAAUCAGAAGUAAGAACUAUGAACGAAGUUAAACUGAAGACAAGCAUAAGCGUAGAUAAAUUACUCGAAGAGGUGAACGAGGUUAAGAACGCCGUUUCUGAAAUUUCUUCUAAAAGUUUCAGUUCCGAAUUAAGUUUUAAUCGGUUAUUUUUUCGGCGGGGGAGUGAAGAAUCAAUUGAGCAAUAUUACAACGAGCGACGCGGUUCCGUUCAAGAAGUCGAGAAAGGUGCCGCUACGUCUUCUCACGCUAUCGAUUACGAUAAUCCGGUAACCGAUAAGAAAUACAAGCUUAAACAGAGCGAAUCCGUGCCCGAAACACUAAAUAAUUCGAGAGAAAUAGAAAACUUGAAAAGUAUAGAAAAAUAUAUCGAUGGCUUAAUAGAGAAGUUCGAGAAGAUCGAAUCGAAAUUGGGAAAGCUCUGGGAUUCUCAUCCUUCCUCCGAUGUUAGAGACGAGAUAUUUCUUUCUUAGUGUAUACUGAAGUCUAUUGAUAUUGUAAGAAUGAUUUCUAUGAGAUAAUCUGAAGCUAUACGCGUUAAUUUCUACUUUCUCGUAACUCAUAUGUUAAAAUUGCCGAUCUCAUUAUUUUAAUUAAACUAAUUGGUAAUGCUGUUAAUUCUUUUUGGUUUGU